UGCUGGAUCAGAGAGCCGCAACAACAACAAAAAAGGACAAACUACGACGCGAGGGAGAAAUUAUUUUGUUGUAAUCUCUCCUCGAGAGCUUGUUUUGUUGCUGCUGAUCUUUGCGCGCUUUUGCGCGCAGACCGAUAUGGAUUUACCAAAGACUGUCGUCAUCGUCUGGAGACGAGACACGCUAUCUUGUCCUCUGCCAAACUUCUGAUUGUCAUCGGACCCCCCGGAGCGGAGCAGGGCGCAACGUUUAUGGUGAAAACCUGUGACCACAUGGUGAGGACGUUUUUGGAGCACCAAUAAUUAUCUUCUCGCCGCUCCAUCUCUCAUGGGGUGACCCACAUACAGCCCCUGAGACGUGACCGCGGGGCAGCCAGUCUCCUGCUCGGUCUGGACCCUCCUUUAAGAGGCGAUGAUUAUCAGUGAAGAAGGUCUGCUCAACCCUGCUGUGUGAAUGAAUCUUUGCCGUAAAGCCAACGUGCUCUGCCACGCUGUCGCCAUGAAGAGCAAGUAUUCCCAGUACUACAACAGGAGUCUGAUCCAGUACUACUAUGCCAUUGCAAAGGACAUGACCAACCAGGAGCUGGAGGAACGCAUUUCCAGGAAACAGGGGCUCACCGUCCUCAACGUGGUCAUCGUGGUCCUCUGCAGCAUCAUCAUCCUGGAGAAUCUCCUCGUCCUCCUCGCCGUGUGCCGGAACAAGAAGUUUCACUCUGCCAUGUUCUUCUUCAUCGGCAACCUGGCGUUUUCCGACCUGCUGGCGGGCUCCGCCUACAUUGCCAACAUCUUCUUCUCAGGGUCGAAGACCUUUGAGCUGGUGCCAGUGCAGUGGUUCAUCCGGGAGGGGACGGCGUUCAUCGCUCUGGCGGCUUCGGUUUUCAGCUUGCUGGCGAUAGCGAUCGAGCGCUACAUUGCCAUCACUAAAGUCAAGGUGUACGGCUCCACCAAAACGUGCCGCAUGUUCCUUCUCAUCGGGGCUUGCUGGGUCACCUCCAUCCUGCUGGGGGGGCUCCCGAUCAUUGGCUGGAACUGCAUCAACAGCCUCGCCGAGUGCUCGGCGGUGUUGCCGCUCUACUCCAAGUGGUACAUCCUUUUUGUGGUGACCAUCUUCAGCCUCAUAUUGCUCUCCAUCCUCAUCCUCUACGUGAGGAUCUAUUUGAUUGUGCGCUCCAGCCACCAGGAGGCGACCAACUCGCAAGCGUAUUCCCUUUUAAAAACAGUCACGAUAGUGCUGGGUGUCUUCAUCAUGUGUUGGCUGCCUGCUUUCACCAUCCUCCUACUAGAUACGUUCUGCAGGAAGCAGUCCUGCCCCAUCCUCGCCAAAGCAAACAUCUUUUUCGGCUUUGCCACUCUGAACUCAGCACUUAAUCCAGUGAUCUACACGCUGCGCAGCAAAGACAUGCGGAAGGAGUUCCUGCGACUGCUGUGCUGCUGGGGGGUGCUGCAUAGCGGCCGGCCCGCUGAGCGAUGCCUCAUGCCGCUAAAGAGCUCCAGCUCUCUGGAGCACUGCACCAACAAACACGAACACCAGACUACACCCAUCAUGCAAGACUGCACAACCUGCGUGUGACACAGCUGAAACGCAUCAAGAGCGCGUGUGCAUGAGAGGGACAAAGGAGACGUGCAUGUGCAUGAUAUCUGGUAGCAAAGCUGUGAUCAGGCAAAGAUAUUUAAAAGAAAAAAAA